AUAAUUAUAAAUGCAAUAAGAGUAACCAGAUUAUCAAUAAUUUGUUGAGAGAAACAACAUUUUACCAGAUGAUUCUAUUUAUCAUUUUAAUUAGGAAGAACAUAAUGAUUUUAUAGACAAAAAACCUUGGGAUAGUUCACCUAAUUAUUUUAAGAAAUGUAAAAUAUCAAUUGCUGCAGUCAUCAAGAUGUUGAUUCAUGCAUGUCUUGGAAGUAUUUGUACAUUAAUUUACAAAUAGAGAAUAAUGAAGUCAUGGGUCUAAUGUAAGGAAGAUGCCAUUAGGAAACAUUCAUAAUUUAUGAUGUAAUUUAUUUAAAUGCAGAAGCAAGUGAAGUGAAUGUUACUUUAAGUAAAUAUCUAAUAAUUAAAUUGUUAGCUCCUGAAGCUAUGGGAGAAUACAUUUAAAUGAUUGAAAUGUUGGAAACUGUAGGAAGAGUACAUCCUACUGUAGGAUGGUAUCAUUCUCAUCCAAGUUAUGGAUGUUGGUUAAGUGGUACUGAUGUACAAAAUCAAAGAAUGUAACAACAAGGAUAUGGAGCAUUUGUAGCUGUUGUAAUUGAUCCUAUAAGAACUAUGACCAAUUAAAAAGUAGAUAUAGGUGCCUUUAGAGUUUACCCUGAUGGAUAUAGACCAUAAAAAAGUAAUAAAUACAUAUUAUAUUAGACAUUUAGGAUGACACUACAGGAAUACCUACUUAAAAGAUAAAAGAUUUUGGAGCUUAUCAUGAUAAAUAUUAUUCUUUAGAUAUCGAGAUAUUUAGCAAUUCAAUUGAUAGUAAAAUAGUCUAAGGAUUAUGGGAAAGAUAUUGGGGUGUAAGAUUAUCUCAAUCAGUUUUAGAAGAUAAUUAGGUAGAUGAGAUUAUUGAUAAUUUUAGUUGUAUUUGAGAUAAUGUUUAUGUGAUUUGAAAGAUAAAUGCUUCAUUAAAUAUGAUCAACCAUACUAAGGGAGUGGACAAUAGAAUAACGAGAAAUAGUAAAUAAAGGAGGCUCAGAAAUUUUCAGUUGAAUUAGCAGGUGCUUUGCUUUCUGAGACUGUGAAGUAAAUAUUAUUCUAAUGAUCAAUAUUCAUUAUAUGAUAUGUUUAAUC